AUGAGUAAACGAUUGGCCAAACUUCAUAAACCGUGCGAUAAGCUUGACAAGUAUGACAACGAACCGUACAUGCAGAAUCCGUUGCUUAAGCUGUUUCUAUCAGAGGUGAAAGAGCGACGCCAUUAUAGCUUCAUUCGUCGAAAAGCGGCUCAGGAAAAAAUAAAGAUCUGCCGAAGUACGACGGUUGACUUCGAGGAUGUGAUUCCGAGGCCUCAGUCCUUCUACGAGGAGCAGCUGCGCGAACAUGCUCGCCGAGCUCCAGUUCCAAAGAUGUUGAACCGAACUGAGGAGAAAAUUCUUUCGUACGUUCCCAAGCGCUUGCGAGCCCAAUAUCCUACUGUGCUAGCGGCCUAUAUGACAGACGUGCACGCCGAGUUUGACAAGGUGAUGAAAGCGUACAGCUGCCAGAAGGUCCUCAAACCCGGUCCAAACGAUUAUGUGCCGGAGCGGGAAAAGUUUGAAUUCAAACGGGUCGGUCGGACGGAAAACUUUCGCAACUAUCUUCGCAGCAAGGCGUAUAUCCAGAAGAACCUAUUGCUACCGAACCCAUUCAUAAGGUGCAUUGUCCACUACGCGUAUACGGAUUUACCGGAAUAUUUGAAUGAUUAUGCACGCUAUCGUACCGGAGAGGAAAUAACACUCAACGAGUUGCGCGAUUUGAUCAAAAAGGAUCUGCAAGCCGUUGGAGGUUUGAUCGCUGGCCAAUGGUAUCCGAAGAUUGUGGCUAUCUUGAAGAAGCAUUAUGAGCGACGUACCCUUCCAAAGUCUAUGUGGCCGAAGGUACUGAACUGUGCCGGUGGACUGAUCAAUAGACAGUUGAAUGACGCCAAAUUGCGGACCAUUCAACAUCUGCGCGAAACGCUUCUCAACGUGCGUCAAAUACCGCAAAUGAAAAUUUUAGCGAUCUGUGACGAUGGAAUCGACCUAUUCCCGAGCCUGAACGAUAUCUACAGUGUGUACCAGAAUGCGAUUGAUGAUGUGAUGGCGGUCGCUAACCGACUCGACUGUCUCGAAUCUUUGGUCGAUCCGAACGGUUUCGAACCUAGAAAUCCACCGUAUCUACGGGUCGGAAUUGCAGAACUAUGUAUCCAAGAGGCACAUGAACAGAUACAACAGGCAUUACUGACGGCUUUCCAUCCGCUGGCCGAAUAUCUGUCUGCGUUUCAGAGCGAAUUUGCUGGACUUCUGUGUCCAUCCACCCAGGACGAGAUAGAUGAGUUUUUGUCCGAGCCGAGAUCUUUCGACGAGUACAUUGAGAAAAUUGUGGUUUUUCAACAGUACAAGGAGAAGAUACGCGCGAUGGUACAGAAGGAAUACUUCCCGAUGGCAAUCGUAAAUCAGUCGGAUGCGAUCGGUAGCUUGCGUAAGAUCGUCGAGCGAUACAUCGAUCGUAUUGCGAACCACAUUGCAAUAGAGCAUCGACGCGAAAUUCAACGCAUCUGCAAGGAGUUUGAGGAGAUCAAGGAAAAGGCGUUGGAGAUCCCCACGUCUACCGAGCAGCUGAUGGCGAAUGGGGAAUACAUGACGCGCGUCAAGACGGAAAUCAUUGAUGAGUUGCGAGAUAAAAUUCAAAUCACAAUUCGGGUCAACGCUUAUCUGGUGGAGUUGGUGGAACUUCCGGCAGACCAGAUGGAGCUGCAGGUGGAAAGUGUCAACUGGUACUUCCGCAUACAGUCUGUGUUUGAGAUUAACUCAACCAACUUCGAACAGUACAAAUUUUCCUUCGAAGAAAAGCUGCAGGAGGUCACAAAACAGCUGAACGAAAAGAUGGAAGAAAUGAUCCCUCACAUCGCCAUCAUUAACGAUAUGACGGAGACAGAGAAGUUUCGGGACUAUAUUGUCGUGCUGCACGGAUACAUUGAUCAGAUAUUUGUGUUCGAGGACUACGUGAAGUGGAUCAACAAGGAGGAGGUGCUGUUUAAAUUCCCAAAGUCGCAGUACGCAGUGCUGGAAGCGAUCAAAUCAUUUGUCGUUCCUUUUUACAAGCUAAUCCGCCUUUGUAUGCGUUGGUUGCGAUAUUACAAUGUAUGGAUGGAUGGCCCAUUCGAGUAUCUGGAACCACACUUUGUCGAAUCGAAAACAGAUGAAUUUUUGAAAGAGUUUCAAAAAACUCAAAAGUACUAUCGAAAUCGUAUCAAGGCGGACAUGUUGGAGAACACACUGUGCAAAUUUAAGGGACAAACGGAAGAUCCGGAUCCGGAGAAGCAUCCCUGUCCGCUAAAACUGUGCGCCAGGAUGUCUCAAUCCAUCAAAGACUUCCAUCUGGGAGUGUACGUGGUAAAGAUUAUGUGCAACCCGGCACUUAAAGAUCGUCACUGGGACGAGAUGUCCGAGAUAGCAGGGUUCGAUCUAACACCCGAUGCCGGGACGACCUUACGCAAAAUCAUCGAUUAUAAGCUGGACAAGGAUCUGGACAAGUUUGAGAUCAUUAGCAUCGGAGCGAACAAAGAGCUAGCGUUGCAACAAAGUUUGCAGGCAAUGAUCGCCGAAUGGGAAGAUAUCAUGUUCAAGCUGAACCCUUUUAAGGAUACAGGCAUUAACAUUUUAACAGGAUUGGAUGAAAUCCAGGCCGUUCUGGAUGAUCAUAUCAUGAAAACGCUGGCUAUGCGAGGCUCUGCGUUCGUUAAACCUUGUGAAAAAGAGGUGAAGGAAUGGUAUCAAACGCUCACUCGGGUUAAUCGCACUAUAGAGCAGUGGGGCAAGGUACAGGGUAGCUGGUUGUAUCUGUUGCCGAUCUUCUCAUCGAAGGACAUCGUGGCACAAAUGCCAAACGAGGGUCGAAUGUUUCAACAGGUCGACAAAACGUACCGUAUGUACAUGAAAACGGUGGAAGGGAAUCGUUCCGUGAUAGGUGUGGCCGCCGCCAAAGGUGUGCAGGAAGCGAUGGAACAAUCGAACGAGCUGCUCGAAGAAAUUACCAAUGGCGUGAACGAAUAUCUCGAAAAGAAGCGACUGUUUUUCCCGCGAUUCUUCUUCCUGUCCAAUGACGAAAUGCUGGAGAUUCUGUCGGAAACGAAGGAUCCGCUGCGGGUGCAGCCACACCUAAGCAAGUGUUUCGAAGGUAUCAAUCGGCUGGAGUUUGACGACCGACUGGACAUUCGGUCAAUGUACAGCAUCGAGAAGGAGCAGGUGCAGUUUGUCGAGCCAGUGUCGACGCUGGAAGCAAGGGGCAGCGUAGAGAAAUGGCUUUCCUGGGUGGAAGCGUCUAUGCUGGAGGCGAUACGAUCCAAAAUGGAGGCAUCGUAUCGAGCGUACCCGGAGAAAACGCGCUGCAAGUGGGCACUGGAUUGGCCCGGCAUGGUGGUCCUGUGCGUGUCCCAGAUCUACUGGGCCGCCAACAUUCACCAGUGCUUCCGGAAGCGCAACAACACGCUGAUACUGGACCUGUUCGAUCGCCUGCAGGUGGAGCUGAUGGACGUGGUGGCACUGAUGCGCUCGAAGGAUCUUUCCAAUCUCGAGCGCAUCACCGUUAAGGCACUGAUCGUGAUCGAUGUGCACGCGAAGGACGUCGUGCAGGAGCUGAUCAGAAAUCGCGUCAGUUCGGAGAAUGAUUUUCAAUGGUUGGCCCAGCUGCGCUACUACUGGGAAGAGGGCGAGGUGGCGGGCGUCACGGUGAAGAUCAUCAACGCGGCGGUACGGUUCGCCUGCGAGUAUCUGGGCAAUUCUGACCGGCUUGUUAUCACUCCGCUGACCGAUCGCUGCUAUCGCACGCUCAUGGGCGCCUACCAGCUUCAUCUGAACGGUGCACCCGAAGGUCCGGCCGGUACCGGCAAAACGGAAACGACCAAAGAUCUCGCCAAAGCACUUGCCGUCCAGUGCAAGGUGUUCAACUGCUCCGAUGGGCUCGACUACAAGGCGAUGGGUAAGUUUUUCAAGGGCCUUGCUUCAUCCGGCGCCUGGGCCUGCUUCGAUGAGUUUAACCGGAUCGAGCUGGAGGUACUCUCCGUGGUGGCCCAACAGAUCCUCUGCAUCGUGCAAGCCGUCCGGGGAGGGGUACAACGAUUCAACUUCGAGGGUACGGAGCUUACACUUAAUCCGGCUUGCUACGUGUGCAUCACGAUGAAUCCAGGCUAUGCUGGACGAUCUGAGCUGCCGGACAACUUGAAAGUACUCUUCCGCACCGUUGCCAUGAUGGUACCGGACUAUGCGAUGAUCGGCGAAAUUUCGCUCUACUCAUUUGGGUUCAUCAAUGCACGAACACUGGCAGUGAAAAUUGUCACCACGUAUCGGUUGUGUUCGGAGCAACUUUCGUCCCAAAAUCAUUACGACUAUGGUAUGCGUGCGGUAAAAACGGUGCUGCAAGCGUGUGGAAAUCUCAAGAAAGCAUUUCCGGACGAUGAUGAGGAAAUCAUUUUGCUACGCUCCUUGCUGGACGUUAAUCUGCCCAAGUUUCUCGCGAAAGACAUCCCACUGUUUGAGGGCAUUAUAUCGGACCUGUUCCCCGGGGUCGAGCUGCCUCGUGCAGACUACGCUGCUCUCGAGCGAACCUUCCGCGAAGUGUGCAGUGAGCUGAACCUCCAGCCGAGAGAUAUCUUCCUCACGAAAGUGAUCCAAACCUACGAAAUGAUGAUCGUACGUCACGGUUUCAUGAUGGUUGGAAAACCAUUUUCGGGGAAAUCGAUGACCCUCCGCGUUCUGGCGGCGUGCUUGUCCAAGCUGAAGACUGCCCGCACCGGUAAUCCAUACUUCCAGCGCGUCCAGCUUGAAGUGGUCAAUCCAAAAUCGAUAACGAUGGGCCAGCUGUAUGGUGCGUUCGAUCCGAUUUCGUACGAAUGGACGGAUGGCAUUGCGUCGACAAUAUUCCGCGGACAUGCGAUGGAUACUAGCCCCGAUCGGAAAUGGCUCGUAUUCGACGGACCCGUAGAUGCUGUUUGGAUCGAAAACAUGAACACCGUGCUGGAUGACAACAAAAAGCUUUGCCUAACGUCGGGCGAAGUCAUUACGAUGUCUAGCGAUAUGUCGAUGAUCUUUGAGGUGAUGGACCUGGAGCAGGCAUCGCCCGCCACCGUGUCUCGGUGUGGAAUGAUUUUUAUGGAACCAUCCGUUAUUGGCUGGGAAUCGUUCGUGGAGUCGUGGAUCGAACGAUGCAACAAUAGCUGGACGCAUGACUGGCACGACUUGCUGAUGGAAUUGUUUCGUUGGCUUAUACCCGAUUGUCUGGAGUUUAUUCGCUGCCAUGGGCAUCAGUAUCUGCAUCCGGGUGAUAUCAAUCUGCUGAUGGCCACGAUGCACAUUUUCGAGAUGAUUAUCGAUGAAGCGUGCCACGAAAGUCCGGACGAGUAUGGGAAGUACUUGUUUACCUGGUUCCAGGCAGCCAUGAUGUAUGCUGUUGUGUGGGGAUUAGGAGGAGUGCUGGAUAUGGAGUCGAAAGUCAAGUUUGAUGAGUUUUAUCGAGAAAUUUGGAAAGGCACCGACGAGCAACAUCCUGUUCCGGAAGCGGUUGGAAAGAUCGAUGUUUCAAUGCCGGGUGAAGGUAUGAUAAUUGAUUAUGUGUAUCAUUUCAAGCAGAAGGGAUCCUGGCGAUACUACCCAGAUAUGGUGCGGCAGAUGAAGAACGAGGUUGGCUUUACAUUGCUCGUACCAACGCUCGAUUCCGUCCGUUACAUGCACAUUCUAGACAUCCACGUAAAGAACAAGAGACCUUUACUAUUGGUUGGUCCUACCGGUACUGGUAAAACCUACUACAUUCAAAACUAUAUGAUGAGCAAAAUGGACCAGGAAAAGUGUCUGCCAACGUUCAUUACCUUCACAACACAGAUCACUGCGAACCAAACGCAGGAUUUAAUCAUUUCAAAGUUGGUCAAGAAAAAGCGCGGUAUCUAUGGACCACCGAACGGUAAAACGUGCGUCCUCUUCAUCGACGAUAUGAAUAUGCCGGUAAAGGAAGUGUACGGAGCGCAGCCACCGAUCGAGCUGAUGAGACAGUACUUCGAUCAAGUCCACUGGUACGAUCUGAAGGAUACGUCCAAGGUAUAUCUGAAGAACAUCUUGGUGAUGGCCGCUUGUGGUUUGGUCGGUGGCAGCCGGCAGGAUGUGUACGAGCGUUUCCUCUGUCACUUUAACAUCUUUGCCAUCAGCAAUUUCAAUGAUGAAACGAUGUUCAAGAUCUUCUCCGCCAUUCUGCUGGACGGUUACAAGAAGGGAAAUCACGGCUCGGACGUAAUCAACAUGGUAAACAUGAUCGUCAAUGCAACGCUCGAUACGUACCAGUUCGCGUGUGCGAAACUGCUACCAACUCCGGCUAAAUCACACUACAUUUUCAACCUGCGGGAUGUCCUGCGUGUUAUCAGUGGGUGUGCGAUGCUUAAGCGAGAAUCUGUAGAGAGCAAAAAAAUAUUCCCCAAACUCUGGCUGCACGAAUCGAUGCGCAUAUUCUACGAUCGGCUGGUGAGCGAUGCCGAUCGAGUGUUUGUGUUCGACAAGCUGCUGCAAAACAUGAAGACUUUCUUCAAGGAGAAACCCGAAGCACUGCUGCCGGAACUGUUCGACGAGCGGACGGGACAGGUACUGACGAAUAAUUUGAACAAUCUCAUGUUUGGCAGUUACUUUGAUGCCGAUGCAGAAAUGGAAGAUCGUAAAUAUGAAGAAACGCAGCACGUGGAACAGUUCCGCGAUCUUGCCGGGAAAGCACUGAUUGAGUUUAACAGUUCGCAAAAAUCGAAAAUGGACAUCGUGCUGUUCCAGUACGCUCUGCAGCAUCUGAACAAGGUGUGCCGGGUAAUUUCGAUGCCAGGCGGAAGUUCGCUGCUGAUCGGUAUGGGCGGAUCCGGUCGUCAAUCGUUGACCAAACUAGCGGCACAGAUAUGCGGCCAGUCUCUGUUUCAGCCAGAGAUUACAAAAUUCUAUGGUGUUAAUGAAUGGCGCGAGGAUUUAAAGAAGGUGCUGAAAGAAGCGGGAGGUCUUGGUCAUGAUACGGUAUUUCUGCUAACGGAGGCACAACUUCAGGAGGAAGCGUUCCUACAGGAUAUUGACUGCCUGCUGAACUUGGGCGAAGUUCCAAACAUAUUCGCGAUCGACGAGAAACAGGAAAUCCUCGAGAUGGUGCGUUUGGCAGCACAGGGCGGUAACAGAAACCUAGACAUCUCUCCACUGGAAGUGUUUCAAUUUUUUGUGAAUCGUUGCAAACAGAAGCUCCACAUUGUGAUCUGCUUCAGUCCCAUCGGUGGAGCACUUCGGACGCGGAUUCGAAUGUAUCCUUCCUUGGUGAACUGUUGCACGAUCGAUUGGUUCGAUGCCUGGCCGGAAGAUGCGUUGGAAAAGGUGGCCGAUAAGUACAUGAAGGAGCUGAACGUAACGUCAGAGGUGAAAAAGUCGAUCGUUGUGCUCUGUAAACAUUUCCAUGUCAUUGCACGAGACGUGUCGGCAUUAUUUACAACAGAGACAGGCCGCAUAACGUACAUCACUUCCGCAUCGUACCUGGAGUUAAUUAAAUCGUUCCGCAAUCUCACUCAAAAGCAUCAGACGGACAUUAUGAACAACAAGCUGCGCUAUCUCGGUGGUUUAGAUCGGCUCAGUGCGGCCGCCGAUGCCGUGUCAAAGAUGCAAACUGAAUUGAACGCACUGCAACCGACACUGAUCGUGAUGGCGGAAAAUUCGCGCAAAAUGACGGAAGAGAUCGAAAAGGAAUCACUCGAAGCAACUGCCGCUACUGAGCAGGUUAAAAAGGAUGAGGUUGUAGCGAACGUACAGGCGGCCGAAGCACAGGUGUUGAAGGCGGACUGUGAGAAAGAUCUGGCCGGUGCUAUACCGAUCCUGGAGGAAGCGAUUCAGGCACUGAAUACACUCAAGCCGACUGACAUUACGCUGGUGAAAUCAAUGAAAAACCCUCCGGAGGUGGUUAAGCUCGUAAUGGCGGCCGUGUGCGUGAUGAAAGGCAUCACGCCGGACAAAGUGGCCGAUCCGGCAACGGGCAAAAAGAUGCUCGAUUACUGGGGACCGAGCAAGCGACUGCUCGGUGAUCUAGCUUUCCUACAAACGUUGAAGGACUUCGACAAGGACAACAUUAAUCCGGAUACUAUGCGAAAGAUUCGUAAGGAUUUUAUUCCGCACAAAGACUUUCAGCCUCACAUCGUAGCUAAAGCGUCCAGUGCGGCAGAGGGAUUGUGCAAGUGGAUCAUCGCAAUGGAUCUGUACGAUGCAGUGGCCAAGAUCGUGGCUCCAAAAAAGGAAAAACUAAAGCAAGCCGAGAAAGAGUACGCAGAAACGAUGGCUAUUCUUAACGAAAAGCGGUUGCUCGCGGCAAAUCUAGAGCGGCGCGUGGCAGAACUAAACGAUAACCUGGAGAUCGCGAACAGGAAAAAGCAGGAGGUAGAGGACGAGGUGCAACUGUGUAAGGAUAAGCUACAGCGAGCGGAAACGCUGAUCGGUGGCCUGGGAGGCGAAAAGACACGCUGGAUUGCAUCGGCUGAGAAUCUGCAACGGUUGUACGACAGUCUAGCGGGCGACAUACUGGUGUCAAGUGGGGUGAUCGCCUAUCUGGCCCCGCUGACGGCGUCGUACAGGAAUCGAUGCAUCGGCGAAUGGCAUGAGCUGUGUGUCGCCAACAGCAUUCCCUGCUCGCCCGAGUACAGCCUGAUGGAAAUUCUCGGCUCGAAGAUCAAGAUUCAAAACUGGAACAUUGCCGGACUACCGACGGAUGCGUUUUCGACGGAGAAUGCCAUCAUCAUGGAUUGUUCCUCGCGGUACAGUUUGUUUAUCGAUCCACAACUGCAGGCUAACAAGUGGAUUCGCAACAUGGAGCGUAACAAUCAUCUGGUGGUGGUAAAAUUUUCCCAAUCAGACUACAUGAAGAAGAUUGAGAGCUGCAUCGAGCAGGGCUAUCCGGUGCUGGUGGAAAAUGUGUUCGAGGAGUUGGAGGCACCACUGGAUCCCAUUCUCAGCAGAAACACCUAUGUUCAGGGAGGCGUAGAAUACAUAUCACUCGGUGAAAAUGUAAUUGCGCUCUCCCCAAAAUUCCGCCUUUAUCUCACAUCGAGCCUGCGAAAUCCGCACUAUCUGCCAGAGGUGUACAACAAGGUGACGGUGAUCAAUUUCGCCCUCACUAUUCAGGGUCUGGAGGAUCAGCUGCUAGGCAUCGUAGUAGCAAAGGAACGUCCCGAUUUGCAAGAACUGCGUCAGAGCUUGAUUCUACAGGGUGCCAAAAAUGUGGCCAUGCUGAAGGAUGUGGAAGAUAAGAUCCUGAAAACACUAUCCGAGUGUAAAGGAGACAUACUGGAGGAUGAAAGUGCCAUCAAGAUUCUAGACGAUUCGAAGCGCAUUUCCAGUGAUAUCGUUAAGAAGCAGGAAGAUUCACGUGAAAUUGAGCAAAAAAUUGAAGCAUUCCGACAGAGUUAUCGCCCAGUAGCGGUACAUUCGUCAACGCUUUACUACUGCAUCACAGAGCUUCCUAACGUGGAUCCAAUGUAUCAGUUUUCACUGGCAUGGUUCGUCAAUUUGUACGUGUAUUCGAUAGAAAAUGCGAACCGCACCAAAGAACUGUACCGACGAUUGAAGUAUCUGAUGGAUGCAGUAACACUGAACCUCUACAAUAACGUCUGCCGGUCACUGUUCGAGAAAGAUAAGCUCCUGUUUUCCUUCAUCCUCACGACGAAGAUUAUGAUCUCGUGCAAUCAAAUCGAUCAGAACGAGUUUAGGUACCUACUGAGUGGGGGUGAAAAAGCGGACAUUAAGCUAGCAAACCCGGAUGAAAGUUGGAUAACCGCGAAACUAUGGGAAGACGUUUGCCGGCUGGAGCAGUUGCCCGAUUUUGCUGGCUUUGUGGCAAGUUUUGCAGCCAAUCAGACACAAUGGCGAGCGUACUACGAUGCAGAAGAACCGCAGCUAAUCAAACUACCCGCCCCGUGGGACGAAAAGACUAAUCGGUUCGAGAAGCUGAUCGUAUUGAAAACGGUACGGCCAGAUAAGUUUGUACUGGCCAUCACGGAGUUUGUGGCAUCGGAAAUGGGACCACCGUACGUUGCACCGCCACCGUUUGAUAUUUCCCGUUCGUUCGAAGAUUCCAACUGCCUGACGCCACUGAUCUUCAUUCUCUCACCGGGAGCGGAUCCGAUGAACGCAUUAUUGCUGUACGCGGAAAAGAUGGGGUUCGACGAGACAUUCCAAUCGAUUUCGCUCGGACAAGGGCAGGGCCCGAUCGCACAGCGCAUUAUCGAGCGUGCACAGGAUGAAGGAAGCUGGGUUUGUUUGCAGAACUGUCAUCUGGCAGCGUCCUGGAUGCCUACGCUGGAGUACUUGUGGGAAAAUAUGGAUCACUACAACACAACCACCUCUUUCAGGCUGUGGCUCACGAGCUAUCCAUCCGAGCAGUUUCCUGCAAGCAUUCUACAGAACGGUAUUAAGAUGACGAACGAACCACCGACGGGAUUGCAACAGAAUCUGCUCCGUUCGUAUCACUCCGAACCGAUGAAUGAUGAUACAUUCUACACCGGCUGUCCAGGGAAGGAUCGUGCCUUUUCGAAGCUACUGUUUGGUGUGUGUUUCUUCCACGCCGUGGUACAGGAGCGGCGAAAGUUUGGCCCACUAGGGUGGAACAUUUCCUACGGAUUCAACGAGUCGGACUUUCAGAUAUCCGUUCUACAAUUGCAGCUGUUCAUUAACCAGUAUGAAGAGAUCCCAUACGAAGCAAUCACAUACCUGACCGGAGAGUGCAACUAUGGAGGACGUGUAACGGAUGCAUGGGAUCGGCGCGCCAUCGUUACCAUCCUUGAGGAUUACGUCAACGACAAGGUGGUGAGUGAUCCCAACUAUCGCCUAUCAGCGUUGGGUGAUUGCUACGGAAUUCCGUUACGUAACGAACAUCGCGAAUAUUUGUCCCACAUUGCAAACAACAUUCCAAACUUCCCGAGUCCGCUUGUGUACGGAUUGCAUCCGAAUGCGGGUAUUACGCGAGAUCUGACCGCAUCUCGAAUCUUGAUCGAUUCCAUGAUCCUCACGCAAGGCGGAACCUCCGGCGGAAGUGAUACGGAGGUAGAGAAGCAAGUACUGGCAACGGUUGAUGAGAUUUACGCCCUACUACCGGAUGAUUUCAAUAUCGAGGCAGCAAAACGACGCUACCCCGUCGAUUACAACGAGUCAAUGAACACGGUCCUCGUGCAGGAGAUGGAACGGUUUAACGCGCUACUGCGCGAGAUUCGAUCUAGCUGCGUUAAUUUAAAGAAAGGUAUAGCUGGCUUGAUAGCACUCACGCCCCAGCUUGAGGCUGUAUUUAUGGCCCUCCAACAUCGCCGUAUACCGGCAUCCUGGAUGAAGAAAUCUUACCCCAGCCUGAAGCCCGUCGGUGCGUAUGUGGUAGAUUUCCGCGAGCGGCUCAACUUCCUGCAACGUUGGUACACCGACGGUAAGCCGAACGUGUUCUGGCUGUCGGGAUUCUAUUUUACACAGGCCUUUUUGACUGCUGCUAUGCAAAAUUAUGCACGUCGGCAUCGCAUUCCGAUCGAUAUGUUGACGUACGAUUUUAACGUGCUGAGGGUGCAAAGUACAGACACGAGCCCCGACGACGGAGUGUACGUUAAUGGAUUGUUCCUGGAGGGAGCGCGUUGGGAUGUUGCCAAGAGCUGUCUGGAUGAACAGCUGCCCAAGAUGUUGGUCGACACAAUGCCCAUUAUUCAUAUGUUUCCUAUUAAAAUAGUGGAGUUGCAGGAAGGAUCCCGCUACAGAUGUCCCGUAUACAAGACGGCCGAACGAAAGGGCACACUCUCGACUACUGGCCACUCAACCAACUACGUACUGCCCGUGCUGCUCGGUACAACGCUUCCCGCUAAUCUUUGGGUCAAACGGAGUGUGGCAUUGCUCUGCCAAACGUCGGAUUAG